UUUAAACAACCAAACAAUACGAAAGAGCACAAGCUAUUAACAAUGGCAUCCACAUGCACCACCGCUAACCUCCUCCUCCUCACGAUGGUGGUGGUUGUGGCCACUGCCGAUUACUAUGCGCCACCAGGCCCACCACAACCUUACGUUCCCAAACCAACUACCACCUACACAUCACCGGUUAAGACUCCAUACUUGCCAAAACCAAACCCUGACAUGGCCAUCGAAGGUUUCAUCUUGUGCAAAUCUGGCUACAAAACCUACCCCAUCCAAGGGGCCAAGGUUAAGGUUGUGUGUCCUAUCGUGGACUCACACGGAAAGCUAGUGGCUAAGGUGAAGAACAUCAGUAGCUGCAAAGUGAAGCUCGAGAGCUCUCCGGUCUACACAUGUAAGACUCCGACCAAUGUCAACAAAGGUGUCACCGGAGCUCCACUCUCUCCCGAAAACUCCAAGUUCCUUAGCCACGACAACUUGACCCUCUACACCCUUGAGCCUUUCUAUUUUUCUAGCCCCGUGGCUCCCAAACCCGUUUACUAGGGAUCACAAUCAAUCAUUAGAUCGCGGUUUAUAUAUGUUUAUUUUCAUUUUUUUAUUCUUGGCUAUGCUCUUACCAUGUUGAUGAAUAAUAAUCCAUUAAUGAAAUCAUCAUUAGUUU